ACUUCCUAUUCGAGUACCGCGGCUAAAUACAGGCCGUCCAGCGACAGCUCCGAGCUCGCUACGCAGCGAUGCAUGUCGGCAAGAUAAGGGAAUCUUCUGCUGAUCUCUCUCCCUCAUCAUUAUCCGCUAACAAUAUCGACACGUCUUCACGAGCACUUGUUAAGCAUGGCGUCUCCCGCGCAUGUCGCGUCGUCAGCCAUACUCCUACCACCCCUCGACGGGCAUGAGCGUAAAAUCCAUCUACGCUCAGCUGGUCCAUCUGACUCCGCUGCAAAGCCGACCAUCGUCAUCGUGCCCGGUCUAGGUAGCUCUUGUUUAAGCUUCACUUUCCUUCAGGAGAGCUUGGCACAGGCCGGAAUCCGCUCGUUCACGUAUGAUCGACCCGGCAACGGUCGCUCGUCGCCAUUACCAGAGUGUUCUGGGGACGGUCAUGUUGCAGGCAAGAAGCCGAAGCCGCGGAAUGCAACGCAGAUGGCAGCCGAGAUGAACGAGGUGCUUCAAGCUGCACAAGUCUUGCCACCGUACGUGUUGAUGACGCAUUCUUACGGCGGCGUCAUCGCUUGGGAGUAUGUUGCUGCGUAUGUCGAGAAUGUCGUAGGUCUUAUCUUUCUGGAUGCGAACUCGGCUCGCUCAGCUGAGCGAUCAGUCAUGGGUACGUAAACUCCUGGCC